GAAACCGCAGGCGGCGAAGCCUCCCCGCCCGCCUGCCCGCCCGCCCCUUUAGUCUGAGCCUCAGCCUGAGCAGGCUCUUCGUCUCCUCUCCUCCUCCUGAGUAACAUCGGAACACGAAAGCUUGUGCCCGAGCGAAGUUGCCCUCGCGAACGCAACUGCGGAGACAUGAAGAUCAAAGAUGCCAAGAAGCCAUCUUUUCCGUGGUUUGGAAUGGAUAUUGGUGGAACUCUAGUGAAACUUGCAUAUUUUGAACCUAUAGAUAUUACUGCAGAAGAAGAGCAGGAAGAAGUUGAAAGUUUGAAGAGUAUUCGCAAAUAUUUAACAUCAAAUGUGGCCUAUGGGUCCACUGGUAUUCGGGAUGUUCACCUUGAACUUAAGGACUUGAUACUCUUUGGGCGAAAGGGAAAUUUGCACUUUAUCAGAUUCCCAACCCAUGACUUGCCUACUUUUAUUCAAAUGGGAAGAAAUAAAAACUUUUCCACGCUACAUACGGUGCUUUGUGCCACCGGUGGUGGUGCUUAUAAAUUUGAAGAAGACUUUCGCACAAUUGGAGACCUCCAGCUGCACAAAUUGGAUGAACUUGAUUGUCUCGUCAAAGGCUUGUUAUAUAUAGAUUCCGUCAGUUUUAAUGGCCAGGCAGAAUGCUACUAUUUUGAAAAUGCAUCAGAACCUGAAAGAUGCCAAAAGAUGCCUUUUAACCUAGAUGAUCCCUACCCAUUGCUGGUUGUAAACAUCGGUUCAGGAGUCAGUAUUUUAGCAGUUCAUUCCAAAGACAACUACAAAAGAGUGACUGGAACAAGUCUAGGUGGUGGGACCUUUCUUGGUUUGUGCAGUUUACUGACCGGAUGUGAAAGUUUUGAAGAAGCUCUAGAAAUGGCAUCCAAAGGCGACAGCACACAAGCGGACAAGCUAGUCCGGGAUAUUUAUGGGGGAGACUAUGAACGUUUUGGCUUGCCAGGAUGGGCAGUGGCAUCUAGCUUUGGGAAUAUGAUCUACAAAGAAAAACGGGAAUCUGUCAGCAAAGAAGACCUGGCUAGAGCAACCUUGGUUACUAUCACCAAUAACAUUGGAUCUAUAGCACGAAUGUGUGCUGUAAAUGAGAAAAUAAACCGAGUUGUCUUUGUUGGUAACUUUUUACGUGUGAAUACUUUAUCAAUGAAGCUUUUGGCAUAUGCGCUGGAUUACUGGUCCAAAGGCCAGUUGAAAGCUUUGUUCCUUGAACACGAGGGGUACUUUGGAGCAGUUGGUGCCCUCCUUGGAUUGCCAAAUUUCAGCUGAAGCUCAAAGCAUCACAAUACUGAAUUAUUCUCUAUCUUUCUGGCAUUAUUACAUAUUGUUUUUAUAUCAACUGGAAUCAAAGGGCGAAAGGGCUGCAAUCUUUCUAUAAAUGUCUUUAAUUGAAGGGUAAAACUAUCUCAUUGGGACUCUGUUGACGUCCAGGUGCUCCUAUUAGAAGCACUUAGUAGGGGGGUUGGUAUAGCAUUCUCUAAUCUGUUCAACCGAUAUUCCCCAACUUGGUGCCUCUCCUAAUUUCUCAGCUGGUAUAGCUGUUAGAUAUGCUGGUUGGAUACAAUGCCAUACACAAACAAAGGGGACCAGGGUGGGGAAUGCCGUAAUAAACAUUUAGUACUCAGCAUAUGUCUCAAACUCAGACAUCAUCUUAGCUGUCCAAACCCUUUAAUACUAAUCCUGUUUUGCUUCAAAACUAUUCUUAAGCAACUGGAUUGCUUCUAGUUGCACAAGGUUUGUUGUGGCCUUGUGCUCUCUGUUAAUUUAGAUUUCCAGUCCAGAACUGAUUGUAGCCAUGAAUGAAAAAAGGAUCUUUGAUGCAAGGUAUUGUCUUUCAGUGCAAGUGCAAGGAAGUUACAGCAUGUUGAAAUACUUAUUCAGGCAUCAGUGUUAAGCUUCCAAACAUUAAACAUAAAAACAUCAGUAACGGUUUUGUACAAUUGAUUUAAUGAAUUAAGCAAUCAAGUACACAUGUAUAACUACCAACAGUAUCAGCCAGACAUUACUUUCAACAGUUUCAGAAGACUGACAGUUUAAAAAAAAACUAUCUCAGAAUUACUCACUGCUAUAAACAGUGCCAGAAAAUAUGACUGAGAUCAAAGCAGCAGUGGUGUGGCAAAGGCUGGAAAGACAGGUCUAAUAAGAUGCCUGUAGUGUGACUUCCCAACUCUAGGAAAGUGAGUUGAUCUCAUGGAACCUCUACUGACUAAGAAUAUUAAGUUGGGAUGAGGUUGGGUCCUUAGACCAUUAUGGCAGCUAUAGAGGUUGAACUGCAGAGUCAACAGUUCCAGUGUUCAUUGUGCCCUGAUAAACUGUUCCAGAUUGCAACAGUGUGGCCUUGAGAUAAACUCCUAUAUUUUUACUGUCUGCCACUUCAGAUAUGACUGUAAAAGUUUACAAUAGUGGCAUAUUUAAUAGACUGCUGCAACAAAGUUUACCAUAAGACCUCAGAAAAAAAGAAUGAUCUCAGAAAAGAAACUUUCUAUGCACAGGGAUGUAAUCAUUGUAUCCUGAAGGAAUAUGCAGUUACCCAAUCCAUGAAUUAAAUUUUCUAGAAGGGAAUCUACCACUGACUAGAAUUCAUUGAGUGUUAGGUACUGCCUCUUUUACUUGAUCAAGGUGAUACACUAUUUUGGCACAUUAAUAUUUCAUACAGCAAUAUCUAUAUGAAAAAUAACUCCAGCAAUCUUGGAGGUUUGGUUAGUUUAGUUUCUUUUUUUAAUUCAAUUCUCCAUAAUUAUAUUUCAGUGCUUAGUAGUAGUAACUGGUUUGUAGCAUGUAGCGAUCACCUAAAAGUGUUUCCUGUUUUUAGAACUUGGAAAUGAAUUAUCUCUUUAUAGCACAGGGCAACAUCCAGAGGUUUGUAUGUACCUCACUGGUUUGAGGAAGUCAAAAAAUACAACUUCAGUAAAAAGUCUCAUCACAGAAACAUUAUACAUGAUUAUUUUAACCCCAGCCCAUUUUACAAAGUAUAAUGAUUAAUUUCUAACUCAUGCCAUGAAAGUAGCCUCUAAAAAAUUAUUGCUUCUCAUCUUGAGUUUUGAAACAGCAAAAAGCGAACAGUUAUUGUCUGCCUUUCCUUUCAGGAAGACACUUUUUUGGCAUUACUAAAGCAAAGUGAUUUAUCAUACAAUGUAUUUUACUUCAACAGGUUUACACGGUAACACCAUAGGUUUGGAAUAAACCCCAUAAAUGAGUGCAUUGGCAAUGUUUAUGUUGGACAAUGUCUAUUUUUAUUUUUGCAUUAUGUAAUUGCAUUUGUAAGAAUAGUGCUUUUACAAAAAUGCCAUUGCAAUGUUACAAAAUUCUGCCACUGGUCAUGUAAAUUCACUCUGCUAGCAACUUCAUUUAGCACUAAAAGCUCUCUUGGUUUGGGUGCAGCAGAGGUUUCUCCUGAAAAGAUACAGAAAUUGAGGAACACUCAGCUUUCCGGGGAGGGGAAAAAAUGUCUGGUAAGCCGAAAGGAGGGACAGUUCUUUCUCCUUUCCUUGAGAAGUUCUGAAUGUAGUGGCUCUUCAGUCCAACAGUCACAUGAGUGCCUUAAAGUUCCUUUUGAAGUUUCAACUACAUAUUGGGCUAAGACUUUUCCUGGCUUUGGAUAUUGGCAGCUUUCAUACAAAAUUCACCCAUGGGGUAGCUAGAAGAUUUUUCUUUUUUUUCCCCAUUUUAUUGUCAGUUCUAACAUAGUCCCAGUGUCCUUUCUGGUGGUUAUAAUGUUCUACCUGUAGCCUUAGGGGAUGGAUGGAUAAGUUGAUAAACAAUUUCUCAAAAUAAGAGACUGCUGACUUUUAAGGAGACAGUUUUAUUUCUUAAGCCAGAUCAUGUUUGUAAUGUGCUGUUGGAGUUAAUAAAAAUAUUCAAGAACCAUUCCAUUAAGGUAUGGUUGGAGAAGACUUCUCAUAUGACCAUCCCUUCUUAACUACUGAAUUAGGGCAUUAAGGAACUAGAUUUUUUCCCCCUACAUUCCUUGAAUUAUUGCUCAUUUUUAUAUUGCCUUUUAUAUUUUUAACCAUCAUUCCAGGAAAAAAGCAAGAUUGUAUAAAGACCAGAUCAUUCUUUUUAGCCAUUUCAAAAUAUAACGCCAGUGGUCCUAUCAAUAUGUUAUAAGGCUGCAGUGUAAGUUGACUGCACAGUCUUGAAUCUCACUGAGCAAGUGGAUUAAGACUAGUGUGUUGGUCCUUUUCAUUGUAUUGCUCCUUAUAUCUUCAAUAGCAAGAUUGUAUGGUGACUGUCUGCAAAUUCUGUUUAUUGUUUGGCCAACCUCAAACAUUAUAAAACCUUAUACAUUGACAAAAUGCAUAUAAAACCCACCUGCGCAUUUGAUCAAUGUUCCUUAUGUAUUUUGGAGUUGGUUUGUAGACUGCAACAGAAAUGUUUCAGGUUUAGCAUGAUGAAAUUUGAAGUGGGUGCUCACCACCUCCAAAACAUGUACUGUUUCUUAGUAUCAGCUGUGGCUUUUUUGCAAUAUGCUUUCAUGGGUUAGAUAGAUUGGAAGGGAAAGUAUCAUGCCUAUUUUAAGACUGAACCAGCGACAUGCUAAAGUUUAAUGUGUGUGCACUUCUGUUACACUGUGUGGUCUUUAAAGUUAAGUCUUUGGAUUUUUUAAAAAUGCUUUUAACUUAGAGCCAGUUGAAUUAUCAGUCUCCUAAAUACUAAUGACUUGUUUUGUAAAUAGUAUAUUUAUAAUUAAAACCUGAAUUCAGUAUAUGUUUUAUUAGGUAGAUUACAUAAUUUAGAAUUUUGAGCCUUCUAAAAAUUCAGCCUUCUUUGAGGACCCAGUAUUUUUGUUCUUAAAUGGAAAUUAAAUAAUGCUGUAUGGGUGGUAGAGAUUUAAAAAAUAGAGGAUUCAGGGAUAAGGAAUACAAAGCAAUGUGCCAUUAAAAAAAGUACUGUAACACCUUUCACUACUAUUCUGAUGAGCUACAAUAAAUCUUGCUUUACUCUAAAUAUAGAAUUUUGAUAUAACAGAAUGAAGGUUGAUACUUCGAUCAAUAUCUCCCCUUCUCCCUCCUCCACUCCUGUCCUUGAAGUCCACAUAUUAAACAAUAGCAUCAACUUAUUUAUGCCUGUUGUAAAUUAAAAGUAAAGCUUGUGCAUUGCUAGACUUCUGUUUUCAGGAAACAAAGACGGUUCCUUAAUUCAGAAGUGUCCUCCAUUUAAGUGUUUUCAAUAGUAUGUUCUAGAAUGCAUUGCAAUACAAUAUAAGUGUUCUUAUUCCAAACACUAUUCUUUAUAUUCUAAACUGUUAUGGGAAAUUGGUAGGAAGCCUGCAAGCAAGCAUUCUUCUAGGUCAACACCUUAGUAUUUUGUUCCUUAAAAAUUAAAAUUUUGGGACAUGUUUGUGAGAUGCAGAAAGUAUGUCUCUUGGUCUAUUAGUCACAAGACUCUGACCUGCGUUAGUUGAUCUAUUUGUAAAGGUUUUUCCAAAUACAUGUUGGACACAAGCCUUACUUCUACAAAAAGGUGACAAUUCACAUCUCUUACUAGCUCUACUGUAUAUUUUAGAGGACAAAUAGGAACCUAGACAGCUGCCUUUUAUUAAUUCAGAAUGUUCUCCAUCUUGUUCAGUAUUACCAACACUGACUGGCAGCUGUCCUUAGCAAUGUUCCUGGAGACUCCAGGGAGUGAACCUGGGAUGUUGGUGUAUUGUAUACAGCAGCUCCUCUGGGUUAUUUGAAAAUAAGCUAUAAAGGGAGUGCCUCAAUUACUUAACUGCACUAGAACAUCUCAUGAAACAUAAGACUUAAGAACAUCAUAGCUUUGUGCUCCCAUGCCAUGGGAAGGCUAGAUCAGUUUAGCCUUACAGUAUUUUUAUCCUCUGUAUGAUGGAGGCCAAUUUGAUACAGGACUGAACUAGCCUUAGCUGAAUAGGAAAGCAGCAGCCUAGAACCCCGCUCUCGGCCACAUCAUUUGAAGUGUAUUGGAGUGCUUUAUGAAAAAGCAGAAUUCAGCUUUGGAUUGUGCACCAUUUGCCUGAGCAGCUGCUUAUAACACUGGGAGCUUGUUUUAAUAGGAGUUUGGGAGAGAGAUAAAGCUGUGGGAAGGAAUUCUGGUUAGUUUAAAGCAGCAUUUCACCUUCCACAUGUGUUAGACUGCAACUUCCCUUAACUCCAAGGUUUGAACUCUGGGUUAUAAACAGAGUAUUAAAGGUACUCUACUAUGCCCUGAUUCAGACAAUCUAGUCAGAGGAAGGAUGUGUGCAUGUGUGUGGUGUGUAUGUGUAGGCACAUGGGUCCUAUUUCUUGUUUGCUUAGUGCUAAAUCAGAUUCAACUAUUAAAUGGAAAACUUGCAACAGUACUGGAAUUGUUCCUUAGACCUGCUGAACAGUUAAGGAUCCUUCACAAUGAAAUAACUAUUAUUUUGAAGUAUUAGCCAAUGACCCAGGGAGCAAAGGCACUGUAAUUGGCAAUCUCACCUCUUCCCUCUCUCCCCCUCACCUUUUCUGCUCCCUUUCCACUUUGUCAGCCUAGAAAGGGGAGGGAAGUGUGUAUGCAAGAUACGGCAGCAGAGCAGGAAGGAUUAGGCCCAGGAGGCUUCCUGGAAGAAGUGCAAAAAACCACAUCCAUGUCUGCUCAUGGCCUUGCCAUCUCCCUUUGGUCAGGAGAAGAUUCCUUGCAGAAGGGCAGUUCCCUCCUUGGCUGACCCAAAUUCUCCCUUGCACUGCUUUCUGCACAGUGACCCAAAAUCAUCUGAGGGAAGCAGGUAAAUGUGAGGAGGUAGCUACACUUAGGCAGACGCUGCUGCUGCUGCUCCUUCUUAAUAGCUCACCUGCUGAUACUUCCCAGGCUUUUGGCCAUGCAGCAAGCCAGCCUUUGAGGGAAUGGGGGAGGGAAAGGAGGAGAGUGGCCUGCUUAUCCAGUCCGCCCCUCCCCAGUUGGGAGAAAGACUGACCUACUUGGGCCUGGUGACCAUUGCCACUGCCAGGCCACUGAGUGAAUGAGGAGAUGAUGUGGCUAAUCCUCUGAUGGUGAAAUUUUUUUGCAUAUUCUGCACACACUCGGUCAUCUUUGUUAUCUGUGUCCUGAAGAGAGGUAGAAGUAAACUAAAAAUGACAUAAGCAUGCUUUUUCAAAUGCUUGUUUAAAGUCAGAUGUAGGUAACACCCUUAGUGGCACUGGGUGAGGGGGAGUGGAGAGAAACUUUAAAACAAUCAUUAGUUUUAAUAUAAAACUAAUUAUUCCUCAUGGUCUUACUUCAAGCUGUGUAUCUUGUACUUAAGAGUUCGUCAUAAAACACUGUAAUUAGUACACACAUAGUAAAUACAGAAUUUUAUUUCAAAGUUUUCAAAAAGAGUUGUUCCUGAGUUCAUCAAUCAUUGUAGCGGUGUGUUGGUGUAAAGGCCAUGAUUUAAUCAAUGUAUCCUAUGUUAAUUGCAUACGUUGCUAUGUUCGCUAUUAUUUUUAUUGUGAAAACAAUUUUUAAAAUUUCUGAUGUAUUUUGGUUAAAUCACCAUUUCGUAAGAUUUACUAAAAAUUGUAGACAGUUUUUCUGGAAUCAGAAUGAAAUUUAACAUUUCAUUUCAGUAGUGGAAAGAAAUGCAUUUUAAGCAAUAGUUAACAUGCUGCAGCUUGUUAAUGAUAAUUACUAAGUGAUUUUUUUUAAAAAAUAAGGUUUUAUAGAUGGCCAGGUUUCAAUAUUCAGGACACUUUAAUAUCCGUGUUAUUAGCAAAUAGAGAAGAUAGCAUUCAUACUUUCCCAGCAAAGUUGGCAUUUUAACUUUUUUUAAAAAAAGAAAAAAAAACCUAAAUAACUCAAAUUGUACCUAGAAACUCCGUGACAAGCUCUUAUUUCCAAAAUGUGUAUAUACUAUACUGUGAGAACCAUUUCUUACAUAUUGCCUUAUUCUGUUGCAGUGAACUUACGGUCUUGGCUAUUUACCAUUCUGACAAAGGUGUAAAAAUGUAUGUUUUGCAAAUUUAAAUCAUAGUUACUAAAUUAUUUAACAUAUCUUUUGUAAAUUGUUUAAUUUAUUUUUAAUGUCAAUGCUUUUCUGUAUUGUUUUCAUGCAACCAAAUGAUGGAAACCGAUGCUGCAUUCAUUCCCAUCAGAAUUGUAUAAAAAUUCCUGAUAGCUUGCAUGAGUAAAUGUGAAAUCUAAUUUUGUUGUUUUGUGAUGGGCUUUUGUGUGUGUUUUCCUAGCUUUAGUGUUCUGUAGACAGAAUUUUGAUUUAUUUUCCCUAAAUAAAGUCCAAUGAAUGGUUC